GAGCCACUCGGCACGUAGCGCGCAGGUAGGUCAUGUCUCGUAUAGUCGUAUCGCUAGCCUUGCCGCGUUCUAUCGCAUAGUACAAAACAAUGGAAAGAUUCAUACAUGCUGUAAGAGCACACCCCUGCCUAUGGAACCCACAGCACCCGCACAAUGCCGAUGUUCAUGCUAGAGGGCAAGCCUGGCAAAACGUUAUUGAAGAAAUUAACGACAGUUCUAUAUCAAAUAUUAAAACUGCACGAACCGAAUGGAGAAAACUUCGUGACAAUCAUCGAGAGGCUUUGAAGAGAGCUAAAUUAGGACAAAACAAAUUGUUACCAGCUCAAGUAACCACUUGGAAAUAUGCAAAAGCUAUGCAAUUCCUUGAACCCCACAUGAAAUAUCGCAUUUCUGAGAAUAUAGAAAUUGAUCCACCUGUUACAAUGGGGAAAACUUCUGAACACGAUGUUUCUACGACAAAUACUAAAUCGGAUGUUAUUCCACCUAAACGCCGCUGUCCAGACUCCGAAGAGCCAGCUGCCUCAGGGGUAAAACUACAAGAAAAGGAGAAAGACGCACUCGAAUCUUUUUUCAAUUGUAUUUUACAAAGUACCAGAGAAAUGCCCCACUGGAUGCAAACACAAGUGAAAAAAAAAAUUUUUGCAGUUAUUAUAGAUGCAGAAGAACAACUUUCAUCUCAAAUGCACACAUGGCAGAACCAACAAAAGGAGGAAUACGAAAAUCAUGUCAUCAUCGAAAGCAAUAUAAAGACUGAAAUCUUUGAGGACACCUAGGCAUUUGAGUACUGAUAGUACCUACUUUUGCAAUGAGUUUUAACCAUUUAAGAAUGAGGUGGAGUUCAUGACCGAAAUGGUAAAGUUUACUUAAUAUGCCUAAACCUAAGGGCCUUAUCAUACUAGCCGAUCGUGAACGUCUUCAAAGCGGAGCGGGCGCGCAAAGAAUUCGUUACGGACUAAUACGGCCACACAAUGAACACACCGCGCAUACGCAGCGAAUUCGUUGUGGACGCGCAACGGGAUUGCCGCGAACAGCAAAGUGGAUGCCAUUUUGUACUGUCUACAUACCUACACGCGACGGAAACGUAAUGUAGGUAAUUGACACGCGUCUGCAACGUGUUCGCUGCGCAGCCACGGCGUGUUCGCGAUGCAUUCGCUGCGCGUCCGCGCCGCCCGAGAACCGCUUCCGCUAAUAUGAUAAGGCCCUAAGUAUUUGGUAAGAUAAUUUGUAAUGAUGUGUUUAAUUGUUGGGUCCCAUAUUCAGCCCACAAAAUGCUGUGAUUUAUCAAUAACACGGAAAACAAUAAAUGAUUAAUUUAC